GAGCUGCCCCCCGGCGGCGCGGCGCGAUCCAGACCUGCGCCGCGAGCCCCUCGUCGUGCUGCAUGGCCCUCUCCGCGUCCGCGUGCUCAGGGGGGCCCCGCACCCGCCGACCGCGCCACCGCCGCCAUGGGGAAUGGCAUGAACAAGGUGCUGCCCGGCCUGUUCGUGGGGAACUACCGGGACUCGAAGGACGCGGCGCAGCUCGACCGCUUCAACAUCACGCACAUCCUGGCCAUCCACGAUGCCGCCAGAAAGCUGCACUCGGACAAGCAUUACUUAUGCGUCAUGGCGUCGGACACUCCGGACCAGAAUCUGCAGCAGUACUUCUCGCUGUGCAACGACUUCAUCCACGGCGCCCGGCUGCGCGGCGGCAACGUCCUCAUCCACUGCCUGGCGGGCAUGUCGCGCUCGGUGACGGUGGCCGUCGCGUACAUCAUGAGCGUCACGUCGCUGUCCUGGAAGGAGGCGCUCAAGGUGGUGCGGGUGGGCCGCGCCGUCGCCAACCCCAACUUCGGCUUCCAGCGGCAGCUCCAGGAGUUUGAGUCGUGCCGCCUGGCCGAGGAGCGGCGGCGGCUGAAGGAGCGGUAUCCAAGCCUGGCGCUGCAGUCCUCCGACGAGGAGCUAUGUCGCCAGCUCCUGCUGUCCUACCAGGGCCUGCUGAUGUCCAAGGACCUGUGCGAGGGGCGAUGCCCCAUGGGACAGCCCUGUCCCACCGGGCUGUGCAGGUCGCCCAGCAAGCGGACGGUGCGCCGCAAGUCGUCGACGCAGAGCCUCGGCGGCGGCCGGUCGACGCCGCCCACUUCGCCCCGCAUGCUGCCCGCGACGCCCACCGGGCCGCCAGGCACGGGGAGGCCGUCCUCGGGCGGCACUCAGGGCGGGCUGGUCCGCAGCGGCUCCUCCAUCAGCUACCGCCACCGCCCCAGCGUCUCCUCGGCGCCGCCCUCCAGGUCGUCCUCGCGCACCGACCUGCCCAACACGCUGGUGCGCACGGGGUCCGCCUUGGACCACCACGGCGGCUGGAUGUCUUCCUCCGGGCCCGGCGCCGGCCCCAUGUCCGGCUCCAGGCGCUCCGUGGGGUCGGCGCCCACCUCCCCGCGCGGCUCCCCGGCGCCCUCCCCGCCCGUCACCCCUGCCCACGUGCCGCGAGCGCAGAGGGUGCCGCCCGUCUCCUGAGACAACGCCGCCGGGCCCGUCUCCGCGCCGAUGGGCCUGGCACAAGGCGGAGUGGCGCGCAGGGCGUCGGUGGAGAGUCUGGGUGACGAGGACUACCCCAGCGUCGGUGGCCCGGUGCCGGGCAGUCCGCGGGGCUCUGUCAGCGGCGGGGGCACUGGGAGCAGCGGGGGUGGCAGCGUCCGGCCCCUGGUGCCGCGCCUCUGCAGGCAAGGCUCCCAGGGCACGCUGCCCACGGGCUCUACCGCCUCGCCAAACCGCGGCUCGCCGACGUCGUCCCCGUCCAAGACCGCGAUGCUGUCCAGGACGCCGUCGAGGGACUCGGUAAGGGACCCGGUGCGGCGGAAGCUCCCCAACCAGCCCGUCACUAACACACCGACGGCCAUCGCGGUGAGCCACGCCACCCCGGUCUGCUCGACGGCCGCGGCGCUGGCCGCCUCCUCGCCGUGCUCCUCGAGCAUGGUCAGCUUGGCCAGCCUCAGGAGCAUCUCCGAGGUGGCCUCCGACGACGAGACGCCGCUGCAGAAGAGGCGCUCGAGCGUGAGCAGGCCCAGGACCAACUCGGCGCACGCGCACGGUGCCCCGCACGGCGGCCUGCACGGCCCUCUGCACGGCGCCUCCCAUACGACCACACAGGGUGGCAUGACCACUACCCAGCAGAGCGUGCUGAACCAGAACACGCACCAGGUAGUGCACCAGACCACUGUGCGCGCCACCAGGACAGGUAUCAUCACCACCUCCAAGUAGUACCGGCGCGUCGUUUCCGCCAUGGCUCAGUUUUCAUAAUUUUUUCCUCUCUGUGGCCUGUGAGGAGGGUCUGGAGUCUGGGUGCCUCUCCUCCUCGGUCCAAAUCUCCGGUGAGUGUGGCGCUCAAGGGCUCCGCGUCCGUGACCUCUGCGACCGUACACGGGUAUAAUCCUGGUCUGUUCUGGUCCGUUGUGUCAAUUCUAUAGUUUUCACAAUGCGAGCGAACACAUUCGAACUCGCCCAACGUUACCGUUUUCAGUCUUUUCGUUCCAAGAUGCACGCCAGGAUAUGUGUGUUUUUUUUUACAACAUAUGAAGGAUGCGUUGUCAUAUGUGUAACAGAGGGAAGUCCGUUACUUUUAGAAUAUGAUUCCGGGUCAAGGCGCAUCCUCAGUUACACGGGGCACUGCCCGACAGAUCUAUUUUUGGAGAUUCUAUUCGGGCAAAUACUGUCGUUGUUGAUCUUGUUGUUGUUGCAUAGGGUGCUGGCGCCCAUACAGAAGUCUACGGGUUUUGUCAUCCGGAGCGACUAGAUAUUUUUGUAGUUUCUCAAUUUGAUAUGCAACUUAGGCUUUGGAAGAGGCGGUCGUGACAAAGAUUGAUGUGUACAUUUUUACCUUUUUUGUAUGUGAGAGACGUUCGGUAACGGGGAGAAUUUCACUCAGUUGACAUGAUUAGCAUUUUUCCUGACGGUCUUAUACCAGGAGGUGACUCACGCGGUACACUUGCGCAGUUAUACUGUACUGCAUGCAGGCUUGCGGGCGUGUUGCCUACUCGCACGGUGUGAAGAGGAGCCGUGGGCAGAGAGAAUAGGCAAACUCGCCCGCACCCGUGCAUGCGGUACAGCCUCGGGUACAGCAGAAUGACUUUCAUAAUGCGCGGCGUGAGUCAGCCAUCUGCUCUUUCACAAGCUGUUGGCUGUUCAUUUUAGGGAUAUCCGUUGCCUCCCCAUUAUGAUUUCAUAAUUCUAUACAAGAUCAUGAGUUUUCUUAAUUUUGUGAAAAUUGUUACAUCUUUUUCUUCUACCCAGCGAAAUGAUAGUAGCGAGUCUUACCGCAGUACAAACGUAUUCAGUGCGUGACUCGAGCUCAAGGUAGGAAAGGCGUUCGAUGUGACGGGAUUUUAGGACACCUGUCGGCCAAAAGCAUACUACGCACUUAUUCAUUUUAUCGGCGCGUCUGUGAUACAUUUUACGCGGUAAACCCUCGUAUGAAGAGUGUAACAUGAAGCUAACAAAACAGUACGACAAAUUAGUUUUGACUGUUCUUAUACUGCUUUAAUUAGAGCUGUGCGAAUCAAGGUUUUUGCCUUCGAAUCGGAUCGAAUUGAAUUGGCUCAAAAAUUUCGAAUCGAAUCAAAUCAGUCCAAAUUCAAGCCCGAAUCGAAUCGAAAAAAAAUCUGUUGUACUUUUUUAUGCAAGUAACGCGGUAUUUUUAAACUCAUUUAAACUGUCCCUGUACCGUAGAUGUUCGACGACUGUACAACGACUUGUAGUGCGGGUAUAGAGCGGGUGCCGCACACUAGACCCCAAUGCGAUUCGAUGUCGAACUAACCCGAUUCGAAAUUUCGAAUUAGUUGACAUCGAAUCAGGCAAAUUCGAAAUCAAACGAAUUCGAAUCAGGCCGAUUCGAUUCGAUUCGAUAUCAAACAAUUCGCACAGCUCUAGCUUUAAUUCACCUAUUAUUCAAUGUCAAUUUAUUCUUACCGAGGUACUGGCUGACAUAUUUUGUUGACAAUCAAAUCACGUUCUCGAGCUGGAGGGCAGACUACAUACAGGCUUCCCUCUAGACAAGGGCAUCUUCAUUUUAACAAUCAGUGUGAAACGUUUCAGCGGCGUUUUCAAACAUUACCGAUAAUAUUAAGUACAUGCAUGAUUAAUCAAUUUCAGAGUUCAAUAGACUUUAGUGUUACUACCUAUAUGUUUGGUACAAAGUUUUAUGUGUUCAUGAAUACUAGUGUCUAGUGUCACUAGACGGCUAGUUUCGUUAUAGAUUUCUUAUAUAAGUAGCAUAUAAAGAUAUUGAUAAUUAAGUCAAAAACCAACCAUAUUUUGGAUCUUUUUACAAUAGAGACUCAACUAUUUCCCAUGGCCCUGUAGGUACUUCAUAUUCAUAGCUACACACUCCAAAACAACCCUGAUAGCUUUGUAGGUAGUAUCAGAAAUUUGAAACAAACGAUUGACUGGAUAUUCAAAACAGCAACUAUAAUGUUAAGCAUAUGCAUUUUAAUUUAGACUUUCAGAUGUAAUAGACUGCACAACUGGAUGGAAAUGACUUUUAUAAGAUGCACAAUUUUUUUCCUUGUUUUUUCUAUUUUUGGUGAGAAGGAGCAGAAAUUAAAUAUGUUAAACAAUGGAAGGCAUACUCCGUGCCUAAGCGACAUAUCCUAGCCAACUUGGUAGGAUUCAGAAUUUAGAAAGGCCGAUGGUCACAAUCUUUUCGUGAAAAAUACUCCAACUAUAAGGUGAGUUUCUGAGAUAAUUCCUUUUAGAAAAAGUCCUGACAUAUCGAUAGCAAAAUUUCUCAAUUCGGUUCAGUUAGUUUUUAUCAAACCAAGUCUAAAUUUACAAUUCGUAUCGCCAUUAUGCACAGUGUGCAGUUAAAUAAGUUUUGAGGUGAAUUAGGAGUCGUGUCAAUUUUGAUAGCUUAUUACGCAAUAUGCUAGGUAGAUCCGCGCUGGCGUGGAACAUUUCAAAAUUGUAAAAAUUGUAAUUUUUUACCGAUCCACGAUCCAUGCCAGUUUUUACGAAUUUUAGAUCUAGACCGAUUUGCUCAGCAGUGUUCUCGCGUGUUGUGUUAAGUGAUCAAACUUGAAAGUGUGGUGUUUCGGAUCGUUAUGCUUUUUAGAUGAUCGGCACCUUUCCACAUUUAGAUGAAAUCAAAGCAAUAAAGUUUGUUUGGGGUAAGGGAAGGGAAAAGUGAGAUGUUCAGGGCAGACUUUUAUACCAGGUGGCUGAUGAACCCCGCACACUUCUGUAGACUGUACCGCACGCAGAAGUGCGGGCGGGCUUGCCUAUCGCCCCAGUCCACGGCGCCUUACGGGCCGGGCGAGUAGGCAACCCACACGCACUCGUGCGUGCGGUACAGUCUAACUACAGAGGUGCGCUGGGUCAAUCGGCCACUUGGUAUAUUAAGCCAAAACUGGCUCAAGAGAAAAAGUGUGACUGCUCAAUAAAAUUGUUAAAAGGUUGUGUACUAAAGUCAAUAGAUGAUUUCUGGUAUUGACUUUCUUGUUGUGAACGUUUGGUAAAAUUUGUGAAUGAGUUUUGAAUUUUCAGCUACAGAUUUUACAUGUAAAAUAUUGUCACUGUCCUUUUCAUGUCCAAAUUAAUUUGUUGUUUACUGUUGAUGAGUAUGUCUAGGCAAAGCUUAGAUUCAUUUUUUAUAAAUCACUUAUAAGGUUACAAUCCCCCUUCUUAAAAUAGGAAUAAGCACAAUGAGCAUUAUUAUGUAAAACACCUGAACUAAGAACCGUCCAGGUAUUGCAGGAGCGGCAUUUUAAUACAUUAUGCCACUUGCCAUCCAAUAAUGUUGUCAAUAUUUUAAGAGCGGCUCAAACAAUACUCUUAUUUACACGCCGAAUCAAAUUUCGAAGAUCUGUUGAAUGUAAAUGAGACUUAAGCCUCAUAUACUUUGUGGGUGUACAAGAAACGUGGAGCGAGUUAGCUGGAAAUGGUCGCAUAGUUGCACUAUAUUGGGUUCUUCGAAGUCUUGUGCAUUUCUCUUGUGAAUUACCCAAUCGUCUUCGGGCAGUUUUUUAAAAUAUUUUUUUAAAGGCUAUACAAGUAAUUCGCAAGUGUAAUUGAAUUCAAUAACCUUUUAAAGGGUAAAGUACGAGUACCAAACAUUGCAAUGGUCGUACAAAUUCCUGCUGAUAGUUUCCAGCUAACUAAACACGACACUCUAUGAGCACUCAAGGCAAUACAAAGCCACCCAACAAUUAUUUACACCAUGUCCUUUUAAUAAAGCUUUUGUACUAAAACAAGGAAAAA